CGGCCGCCUGCCGGGGCUUCCCGCGCGGCCUGCGUCCAGACCCAGUCCGUGUCCUGGGACACCCCUGCGGGGUGACAGGUCCAGAGCGGGAUGCUAAGCUGCAGGGGAAAGCCCAGUUUACAGAACCCGCGUUUGAUGAGCGGGAGGAAGCGCCUCAAGUCGGGAAUCCAUCAUUCCACGCACCUACUCGGUGCCUAUGGUCCUGGGGUUGUGUUUCAUACCAAGGACAGAAAUGUUCCGUUCUCACAUUUCCUGUGAAGAAUCGCUGAUUUUAACAGGAGAUUCCAUUACUACCUGCCUUUCUCCUUUAGUGCAUGACUUGAUUUGUAACCUUGGUUUUGAACUCAGAGAAAACUGUGAUAUCAAUAGCAUUGUAUCUCAAAAUGGUGAAGUAUACUGGGAAGCAAUUACAGACCGUGUGAGCUAUGCAGAAUCAGGGCAGAGUCUGGAUUACAGGAGAAGCGUACUGCUGUUGGGUCCUGUCUGUGAGGCCAUCCAUCUGCAUAUCUCAUCUCUGACCAGGGCACAGUUUGAAAUUAAGUAUUCACCAUGGUUCCAGUGGACAGCCUAUCCAGAGCUGUUUCUUGAAAUAUUUGAUGCCUUGAAAAGCCUGUGCCCUCCUGCCAUCUCCCUCAGCGUGAUGAAAUUGGCUUCCUGUCUGGAACGGGCCUUAGGCGAUGUAUUUUUACUGAUUGGGAAGGAGUGCCCCUUUCUUCUAAGAGAUCUUCUUGCAUCUGCAGAGCUUGCACAAGUCUUUGGACAUGCUGUGAUGGACAUACUGAAGGUCUUCAUCGGGUCUCCCUGUGGACUCAACCUGAGGAACAUCUUGUGGCAUGGCUUUGCUUCCCCUCAAGACAUUCCUCCAAAGUACUGUUCAGCUAUGAUGUUGUUUACAGCAGGACUGGGUCAGUUACUGAAGAGCUACCUUCACCAAGAAAACGUCACACUGGCACAUCGACCUUUUGUAACUCUUACAAACCUAGAGGAUGUGAUCGUUUUCCCUGGUGUUACUGAUGAGGUUCUCUCAGCAUUAGAGAACGUGAUGAUGAAAUCUGCCUUCUUAUUAAAAGCCAUGUUACCAUACUGGGAAACAGCAGUGAGCAAGUUCAAGGUGCACAGGUUUGCCGACUGCACCAUGCUGUUGCUGUCACAGCUAGAAGCUGGACUCAGGAGGGUGUUUGCUGCAGUUAACAAAUGUCCUGACAGACUCCUCACCGCCGAGUCAACAAUUCUAUAUACCACAUUUGAUGAAAUACUGGCAAAACACUUGAAUGAUGGUAGCAUCAACCAGCUUCCUCAUUUCCUCGGAGAGCCUGCCAUGGAAUUCUUGUGGGAUUUCCUGAACUAUCAGGAGGGUCCUCGUAUCCGGGAUCGUUUAAGCCAUGGGGAGAUCAACUUACGUGAAUUUCCGAGAGAAGCAGCAAGCCAGCUGCUCACAUUCUCCCUGGUGCUUCUGCUCAGAUUCACUGCGGAAGACACAUUGACAGAGCUGAAGGAGGAAGCAACAAUACAGUUGCUGAUUAGUCUUGCAGAAAGCUACAGAUCUCGCUGCCACCCAGCCUUCCAGCUUCAAAAACAGGUGCUGAACUGUGAGAAAAGCCUCAGGAUGUGGCCUGUGCUGCCUGUGCCGGAAGAGCCUGGUCAGGAAGCAGCCAGAUUGGAAGGUAAUUCUGAAGCAUUUGCCUGCAACUCUUUAAUUAGCAAGAUUUUGUGUGAGUUCUGCCACCAUAUUCCCGGGAGUACCUGCGCUGUAAAUGGCUUGGAUGGUCUUCCCCCAGAGAAGUGGCCCCAGCUGCUCCAGGAACUCUGCAGCACACGCAUCCCUACCCUGUUCUGCCCCAGACUCGUUCUGGAAGUUCUGGUUGUGCUCCGAGGCAUCAGCGCCCAAUGCCAGCGCGUCUCUGACCAGGUCGUUGCCUCUCUGCAGCUGAGACACAGGCAGUGGGUGGAGCAUAGGCUGCGCUCCCGGCAGCGGCAGAACUAUCUGCGCAUGCUCAGCAGUGUUAGACUUCUGUCUCCUGUGCUUUACCUGAUUUUGUUGCUCCUUGCACUGGAAUUGGUCAGUGUUCAUACUGUCCACGGUAAAAGUGCUCAGGACCGUCAGCAGUAUCUGAGGUUCUUAAAAUUGAUCCUACAGUACACUGAGAACCUAGUGGCCUAUACUAACCAAGAGAAGAACAAAUGGAAUGAAGCUAUCACUCUUACACAUGCAGUUUUGCUGAGAAUUUGGACUUUCAGUGAGAAGAAACAAAUGUUAAUGCAGUUAGCCAAAAAAUCCACAAAUCAAGUUGAUACAAGUUGAUAAAGAAAACACAAGUCAGGCUACUCUUGGUUGUGAGAGAAAACUCAAAUAGAUUCAUCAGCAAGUAAGUUGGGUGGCAUCCAAAGGUGAGAUGGAUUCUGAUCAUGUACCAGGGAUGCUGGUGGUUCUAGGGGAUAACAGAGUCAUUCUAUGGGAUGAACAAAUAAUUAAACAUUUGGGAAAGACAAGACUAAGACAUGGAGAGAGGGAAAACAACAGCUUUAUUGAAGGAAGAGAUAUGAGGGGACCCAGAGCUUGGACUCUGCUAAGCAGACUCUCCUGCCGUGGGUAUUUUCAUAGGGCCCCCAGGUACUCCUCUUUCCCUUUUUGGUUCUUUUAAGAGUCUGGACUCUGCCUGCUCUUCUCACAGUGUCUUCUGGGAACAAGAAGAUGCCAUCGGAAGAAGCUGCUUUUGCUUUCUCUGUCUACCUCUGCCCCUUUAAUUCUGCCUCCAGGCUCAAGCUGCACUUCUGAAGCAUCCUGAUUUGGUGUCAUUGUGACCCCUAGGCUAGUCUGGAUGCCUGCAGAAGUUUUGAGUUUUCCUGUCCUUGUGGUGACAUUGGAGGAUGUGGUCACUGCUUUACCCCUAGUUGUUGCCCGGAAACACAUGGCUUAACAUGUCUUGUUAGUCACAUGUUCAUUCUUAGAAGCUAUCCUUGUAGCCAUACAAACUGUGGGGGUGUGACAGAUAGGCUCAGUUUGAUCUGUGGGCGAGUUACAGUUAUCCCUGGAGGCAGGAUUGUGUUCAUCAGUGUGCGUUUCAUGGGUAAGUAAUAAGCAGUAGCAGCCUGUGAAGGUGGAGGCCACAAAGCUGGGUGAUAGACCACAGGUCCCCAGUGAGCAUUUGGCAGAGGACACAUUUCUAGAUGAGAAGGCUGAGUGUAGGAGGCUCUGAAAGGUUAGAGGGGAAGAGGUUAUUGAAUUCUAAGAGUUCCCUGAAAAGCUACUUGGUUAUUUGGGGAUCUGGGAAGAUAGUCUUCCACCUCAGUUGGUGGUGGCCAAAUCUGGGGAGGCUGCAUUGCUUGCAUGUGUAAUAAUACACUUAGCCAUACCAACCUCAUGGUCAUGGCUUCUCAUAGCCACCUUCCAGACCUUGGCUGCAAAUGUCCUUCAGCUAGCCAAGGAAGAAUUUUCUGUGACACUUUAACUGAACUAUAGAGGAGACUUUGGGGAUACUUUGUGGUAGCUGCACAUUCUGCUUGUUCCUUUGUAAUUUUUACCCCGCACACACAAGUCAGCUUCUGGAUGAAAGAGUAAAUAUACCAAGUUGCUGUUCAUCAAUUGGAAUUUGAUCGUUCGCUUGGAACAAUACUAAAUGGUGCCAUAUCUUCAGUGAGUCACAUAAAGGACACAUGAUCUAUGGACAGGAAGAUGUAUUCUGCAUCUCUUCAGGGGCAUCUUGUUUUCAUGCAUAAUGACUUGUCCUUGUGUGUCUCAUCAGGGGCACAUGAUCUUGUGUUUUUCAUUGCAUCACUUCAAGGAAAUGGAAUCCAUAUACGUGAAGAUGUGUCCUGCAUCACAUCGGAGACACGUAGUUCAUGUGCAUGCCUUUCCUUGGCCCAUUACUCCAAGGACACUUCUACCUUUUUAUGUGUCAUCAUUUCUUGCAUAGCAGCAAGAGGUGUUUUGUUUGCUCUGUUCCUGUGGUUUGGAAGUUGAUAGCCAAUACAAAAGGGCCAGGCCGGAAUUCUUUACUGCAUGGUACCUCUGCCUUUUGAAAUUAACUAAAAAGUGAUUUGAUACCCAAACUUUACAAAUAUCUUUUUUUUCCAUGGACCCUCUUCAGACUUUAGCAUAUACUGAUGUUCUUGCUUCUCAACCCACUUUGUUAAUUAAAUGAUGGUUAUUUUUUUUUUAAUUUUUACCGUGA